AUGUCACAAGAAUCUACACAUCCCUUAAAUGGGUCUACUAUAAGUGCUAAUGGAAUAAGAAAGUAUAAAAUAGGUAAAGUCAAACAGACACCUACAGUUCAAAUAGAUGAUAAAACAGGUAUUUCUUUUAUACAACUGAAAGCUAGAGAAGAUGAGAAGAUUUAUGGUUGCACCAAAUUCUUAAAUCAUUAUAAAGAGGAGGAAAAAUUGGGGCAAGGUACAUUUGGUGAAGUGUAUAAAGGUAUUCAUUUAGAAACACAACGACAGGUGGCUAUGAAAAAAAUCAUUAUUAAUAUGGAGAAAGAUCUUUUCCCUAUAACUGCACAAAGAGAAAUUACCAUUCUUAAGAAGUUGAACCACCGUAAUGUAAUUAAACUUCUUGAAAUGGUUUACGAUUUCCCUCCUUUAUCCAAUACACAGACUCAUAUUUUAUCACAAAAUGAUCCUAGUAGCCCUAAACUAAGUAAAAAUUUCUAUAUGAUUCUUCCAUAUAUGGUAGCUGAUCUUUCAGGUGUUCUACAUAAUCCAAGAAUGAAUUUGCAAAUGUCAGAUAUCAAAAACAUGAUGUUACAGAUUUUAGAAGGUUUAAAUUACAUUCAUUGUUCCAAAUUUAUGCAUAGAGAUAUCAAAACAGCAAAUAUUUUAAUUGAUCAUAACGGGAUACUAAAAAUAGCAGAUUUUGGUCUUGCAAGAUUAUAUUAUGGGCCACCCCCAAACUUAAAAUACCCGGGUGGCGCUGGAAGCGGAGCAAAAUAUACAUCUGUUGUUGUUACUCGUUGGUACAGAGCUCCUGAACUGGUACUGGGUGAUAAAUAUUAUACCACUGCGGUAGAUAUAUGGGGGGUAGGCUGUGUAUUUGCUGAAUUUUUUGAAAAGAAACCAAUACUUCAAGGUACUUCUGAUAUCGAUCAAGGUCAUGUUAUUUUCAAAUUGAUGGGGACUCCAACAGAGGAGGACUGGAGGAUGGCUAAGUAUUUACCAGGAAAGGAAUUAUUAGUAACGAAUUAUAAAAGCACUUUAAGAGAAAGAUUUGGUAAAUAUUUAGAUAAUACAGGCCUGAAUUUUUUAGAAAAAUUACUUGCGUUGGAUCCUAUGAAAAGAUAUACUACCAUGGCAGCCAAAUUAGACCCUUUCUUUAAGGAAGAACCUUUGCCAUCUGAAAGAUUAAUCUUACCCUGCGAAGAAAGUCAUGAAGCUGAUAUUAAAAGAUAUAAAGAAGAAAUGCAUCAAACAAUGUCACAGAAAGCUCCUACUGCUCCACAGGGGCAUAUAUUUGAACCAAUACCCAACCAAGAAACAAGUAUUAAGAACUCUGCUCAACGUGCUUUGCUUGCGACACCUGCUAAAGCACCAAAAAAAGGACAACCUCUGGAUUCAUCUUCUGUGAAAUCUCAAACUCCACUUACAGUACCCAGUGCACCAUCCGCUGAAAGUUAUAAACGAUAUAAUAGUGCUAAACAGAUAAAUCAACAGCCCACAAAUGGCAAUUACAAUAGAAAUCUAAAGAAAAAAAGUGAUUUUACAUUUAAAUCUGCAUCAAGAUAUAACGUUUUUAAUAAUGAUACAUCUGUCUCUUCGAAUCCAGCUAGUCGAUAUCAAUAUAAAAAUGAAGAGCAAACUGUAGGCUAUUCUAAUACUCAAAAUAAUCAAAAUAGGUAUCACCAAAAUCAAAAUUACAGUCGUCCAACUACCAAUUUUAACCAAUAUCAUAACAACUAUAAUAAUAACAGUAACACACCUAUACAAAUAGAAAAAAAUAGUAGGUACCCACAACAGGAUUACCGCAGAUAUAAUAAAAACAUUAUUAAUCGUCAACUACCUAAAGCAGAUAAUUCAGUAUCCUUACCUAGAAAUACCACAUCUAGACAACAAAGCAGUCAAUCGUCUAUAGGCAUUCAACCACCUGUAACAUCUAGAUAUCAACCCACCAAAUCAAUUUCCAACCAAGUACGUAGUAAAGAAAAUGCAUCUCUAUUCAAUCGAGUAGUAGCCAAUCCAAUACAAGAAUUAGAAAAUGUAAGAAAGAAAUCCUACCAACCAAGAUCAUACAGUUUUAAAUAUACAAAGAGAGGUCAAAAUUCUAAUGAACAAAAUGUUUCUGAAGAAGCACAUGAGGAGCACAAUGAUUCUGACGCCAAUUUGGCCGAUUUUUAUUAG